AUGAGCUCCGAAGAUCCCUCAGCCCAGAGACGCGCCUCGCGUAAGUCGGUUGCAUUUACAGAGGAGAAAUUGGUGGUGGACGCCGAUGGUAGCGUAACCAUGGUUGCAACACCAAACGACGAUACCAAAGAGACAGCCAUGUCGCACACACCACGUACGCCGCCUCUCUCCGCCGCGCUCGGGGCUUUUACUGAUGCCUCACAAGCACCCGUUGACGGCGCGGCAGACGGCGCCCCCGCCGCCGAGAAUCCCGAUGAGCUCGACCUUUCUCUCAUGAAGAAGAAGAAGAAGAAGGUCAAGAAGGAGGAUGGCGAGGGCGAGGGCGGUGACGGCGCCGCCGCUGCCGGUGGUGAGGAGGCGAUUGAUCUGUCAAUGAAGAAGAAGAAAAAGAAGAAGGUGCCCAAGGAGGAGGAUGAGUUUGCAAAGAAACUCGAGGCCCUGAAAAUCGAGGGCGGCGAGGGCGUUGAGGGUGCUGAAGCUGCCGGCGAGGAGGGCGAGCAGGAGGGUGACAUGGACAAGGGCACAGGCAUUUGGUCGCACGACGAGACAAAGACGAUCAACUACGACCCUCUGCUCUCAAGAUUCUUUGCCCUGUUGGCGCAGAAGAACCCGGACCACGCCUCAACGGGCACGCGCUCCUACAAGAUCCCGCCGCCGCAGUGUCUCCGCGAAGGCAACAAGAAGACCAUUUUCGCCAACCUCCCGGAGAUUUGCAAGCGCAUGAAGCGAGCCGACGAACACGUCACAGCCUACCUCUUUGCCGAGUUGGGUACCAGCGGCAGCGUGGACGGCAGCAGGCGGUUGGUGAUCAAGGGCCGUUUCCAGCAGAAGCAGAUCGAGAACGUCCUGCGCACGUACAUAAUAGAAUACGUGACGUGCAAGACGUGCCGGUCUCCCAACACGGAGCUGUCCAAGGGCGAGAACCGUCUCUACUUCAUUACUUGCAACUCUUGCGGCUCUCGUCGCUCAGUCCAAGCCAUCAAGACAGGUUUCUCUGCCCAGGUCGGCAAGAGAAGAAAGAUGCAAGGCUGA